CCUCACUUCCUGAAAAAAAAAAUGCUCUCAAAGUUCCGAAUCCUUAACCUCUUCCCUCACUCAAGAAUCGCCGCCGUCAAUGCCUCCCUUUACGGAAACCCUCUCUGCACCAUGGCGGAGUCGCCGGAGCUUCCGCCGUGGCUGAAGUUCUCCGACACCCCCAUCUCUCCAGACGCGGACUCCGACGACAACUUCGUUAUCCCUUCCGUCGCUCAUUGGGUGGACACCCACAUCCUCACCACCAAGCCCAAAUUCCCCAACCAAAAAAACCUCGACCCCAUCGAACCAAUAACCAAACUUCUCAAGAAACGCCACUCUUCUCCCGAGUCAGUUGCUGCAGCACUCCAUGGACUCGCUUUUCAGCCAUCAACCACUUUGGUGUCUCAGGUUCUCAAGAGAUUCACCAACGAUUGGGUCUCAGCUUUGGGUUUUUUCACUUGGGCAAAAUCACAAACAGGUUAUCGGCAUUCUCCCCAAGAGUACAAUUUAAUGGUUGACAUCUUGGGAAAGUGCAGAAUCUUUGAUACUAUGUGGGACUUGGUGGAGGAAAUGUCAAAACUUGAAGGGUAUGUCACAUUUGAUACGAUGGCUAAGGUAAUUAGGAGGUUUGCCAAGGCUCGCAAGCAUAAAGAUGCUAUACACGCAUUUCGAAGAAUGGAGGAGUUUGGCGUCAAGAAGGACACCGCGGCGUUGAACAUGCUCAUGGAUGCGUUGGUGAAAGGAGACAGUGUUGAAGAUGCCGACAGUGUUUUUUUGGAGUUCAAGAGUUGGAUUCCUUUGAGCUCUCAUUCCUUCAAUGUUUUGAUGCAUGGGUGGUGCAAAGCUAGGCACUUUACAAUUGCAAGGGAAGUGAUGAAGGAUAUGAAGGAACAUGGGUUUGAGCCUGAUGUAUUCUCUUACACCAAUUUCAUCGAAGCAUAUUGCCGCGAGAAGGAUUUCCGCAAGGUGGAUGAAGUUUUGGAGGAGAUGAGGGGAAAUGGGUGCACCCCUAAUGCUGUGAGUUACACCAUUGUGAUGCUGGCUAUGGGGAAGGCGGGGCAACUGAGUGAGGCUUUGGAGGUUUAUGAGAAAAUGAAGAGUGAUGGGUGUGUGGCUGACGCAGCGUUUUACAGCGGAUUGAUAGUGAUUCUUGGCAGAGCUGGGAGGUUAAAGGAUGCAUGCGAUGUGUUUGAGGAUAUGCCUAAGCAAGGGGUUGGGAGAGAUGUGUUGACCUACAACAGUAUGAUUUCCGUUGCUUGUGCACACUCGCUGGAAGAGACUGCUCUCAGGUUGCUUAAGGAAAUGGAAGAGGGGUCGUGCAGGCCGAAUGUGGAGACUUAUCAUCCAUUACUCAAGAUGUGCUGCAAGAAGAAGAGAAUGAAGGUGCUCAAGUUUUUGUUGGAUCACAUGUUCAAAAACGAUGUUGGCCCUGAUCUGGCGACUUACACGCUCUUGGUAAAUGGUUUGUGUAGCAGCGGGAAACUAGAGGAUGCUUUGGAGUUCGUCGAGGAAAUGGUCUUGCAGGGAUUGAUUCCCAAGGACACCACGCUCAAGCGAUUGGUUGGAGAGCUUGAGUCCAAGAGCAUGUUAGAAGAGAAGAAACGUGCUGAGAAACUCAUGGAACGCUUCUCACAGAGACAAAAUAUUAGUGAUUUUGACGUAGGAUGUACUACUUCAGUUUAGUGUGUUUAGGCUUUACAAAAUUGGUUUUUGAAUGGAAUUUAUUUUGUAAUUUUUUUUUA